AAUAAAAAGUCCACUUAAAUAAGUGGAAAAUUUCACUUUAAGAAUUGGAAUACAUUUGACCAAAAAUGUCUAUAAGCUAUAUUCCACGAGUCACCCAGCUAGAUGCUGCUCAACUGGAUAAGCAGCUGGAGGAGCUAUUUAAACAGCAACUUUUUUAUGCAACGAAAUAUUUAGAGCCUGGAAUUUUGCAGCCACUUUUACCAGAGCUGGAAUUGUUGAUUCGAACAUGGAUUUUCAAGUAUUCUGUCUAUGAUAAAAAGUCUACUUUUGGACAGCAGAUGUUAUCAUUGGGGUACAAACAAGACAACUUUUCAAGAAGUAAAUUGUGGUGGUACUUUGGGUAUACUGUAGUACUCAAAUAUAUAAGAGAACGAGCAAUUUACAGUUUUACAUCGAAUACAAGGAUACAAAAUAUUGUACAUAAAAUGGAAACCUUUCAAUUAAUUGGUGAUAUAUUAAACUUUUUGAGAUUCAUACAGAGUGGAAAGUAUCCUGUUUUAAUAGACUUUAUCCUGGGUCUUGAGCUGUUUGCUGAUAAGUUGACUCGAGAGGAUCUUACAGAUUUUUCAUGGACAAGAGAACUUUUGUGGCAUAAUUUUAUUGAAUUGAUUGGCACAGCAAUAUCAAUUCUAAACAUAUUUGGAUUAAGAAGAAAGUUGUCCAAUGUGUUAAAAUAUGUAUGGUGGAGUGACAAUGUGAGGACUUCAAUAAAAUCCAGUUCAGCUAUUAUGACUACCAACACUUUGUGUGCUUGUUGUGAUAGUCAUCCAGUACUACCUUACAUAAUGGGUUGUUCACAUGUCUUCUGUUAUUAUUGUUUAAUGGCAAACAAAACGGCAGAUCCUGACUUUGCAUGUCCAAAGUGUUACUACAAUGGAAAAGAAAUUAAUAAGUUUGUUAUGGUGUAGGUUGGUAAUUUACUAUUUAUUGUUAUAAUGUAAAGGUUGGGUACUAGAGCUGUGAUAAAAUAGUUGUUUAAUAUUAUAA